AUGAAGUUCUCCAACUCCGUCUGUUUUGCUCUUGUGGCCGCUUUUGUGUCUGCCCAGGAGGAUGAGGUCACGUCGACGUCGACCUCGACCGUCAUUCUUUACUCGACCGUUGGUCUGGAGACCGUGACUGUUUCUCGAUCUCUUGAGACUCCCGCCAAUUUUGCCGUGGUUGAGUCUUCUUCUGAGGAGGUUGUGUCUGCCCAGGCUGCCACCAUUGAGUCUGAGGCUGUGGUCUCCACUACUGAGGCCGUGGUCUCCACCUCUUCCGUGGUCUCCUCCUCCGCCGAGUCCACCUCUUCCGUGGUCUCCACCUCCGCUGAGCCCACCUCUGUCGAGUCCACCUCUUCCGUGAUCUCUUCUUCUGUGGUCUCCAACUCCUCCGCCGUGGUCUCCACCUCUUCCGCGGUCCCCACCUCUUCGGUGCGAGCCAUUGCCCUCAACACCACCUCCGAGGCCUCGUCCGUCGCCGUCACCACCUCCACCGGCUUCCGAAACUCCACCGGCUUCCAAAACUCCACCGUGGCUCCCGCCCCCUCGUCCUCCGUGGCCCGAACCACCGCUGUGGUCUCCGCCAACAACGCCACCGCCUCCGGAUCCGUCGUCUCUCCCACCGCUAACGUCAACGGCGCCGGAGUCAACGGCAUUGCUGGCGCUCUGAUCGCCGUCGGAGUCGUUGCUGCUCUUCUUUAG